UGCUUCCUGUGCCUGCGCCGGCGAGUGCCGGGAAGUCUCGCUUGCGGGCCCCGGGCUCUGGGGCGGUGGCGGUAGGGACGGCCCCCGGCGUUCUGUGACACCCUACCUGCUUCCCCGCGCCGUCCCCCGGCUUGCGGCGACCGGCCACAGCUGCAGCGGGCCCGGGGCGUGCGGCCUGGAUUUUUCCUGACACCUUGAACAUGAGCCCCACACAGUGGGACUUCCCUGUGGAAUUAUGUUGUCGGCCUAUGGCUUUUGUUACCCUUACGGGCCUGGAUGUGGUUUAUAAUGCUGUCCAUCGAGCUGUCUGGGACGCUUUCUGUGCCAAUCGGAGGGCUGAUCGGGUACCAAUAUCUUUCAAGGUGCUCCCAGGUGACCAUGAGUAUCCCAAAUGUAGGCCUAAGAGAACUUCCUAUGAAUGGUACAUUCCUAAGGGGAUUUUGAAGACCGGCUGGAUGAAUAAACAUCUAAAUCUGGUGCCGGCCCUGGUGGUUGUGUUCUAUGAACUGGACUGGGAUGAGCCCCAGUGGAAAGAAAAGCAGUCCGAGUGCGCUACCAGAGUGGAAAUCGUCAGGCAAAGUUUGCAAGGGAGAAACACAAAAGUUGCAGUGGUUCUGAUUCAGAAGAAAACUCCUUUGCCACCAGGAGAAGAUGUUACUGCAUCAGAAAGAGCCGCAGCUUUAUGUAAUGCCUGUGAACUCUCAGGAAAAUCUUUGUUUGUACUGCCCCAUACUGACCACCUGGUGGGUUAUAUUAUAAGAUUAGAAAAUGCCUUUUAUGAACAUGCACAGACUUAUUACUACACUGAGAUCAGAAGAGUGAAAUCUCAUAAAGAAUUUUUGAAUAAAACAACACACCAGCUUUUAUUUGUUAGACAUCAGUUCAAAAUAGCUUUCUUCAGUGAAUUGAAACAAGAUACACAAAAUGCUCUGAAGAAUUAUAGGACCGCCUAUAAUCUUGUACAUGAAUUGCGAGCCCAUGAAACUAAUAUUCUGGAAAUAAAGACUAUGGCAGGAUUUAUAAACUACAAGAUCUGUAGGCUGUGUUUUCAGCACAACACCCCCUUGGAUGCAAUUGCUCAGUUCCGAAAACACAUUGACUUGUGUAAGAAAAAAAUCGGAAGUGCAGAGUUGUCUUUUGAGCAUGCUGCAUGGAUGUCUAAACAAUUCCAGGCCUUUGGAGAUUUAUUUGAUGAAGCUAUUAAGUUAGGGUUGACAGCUAUUCAGACUCAGAAUCCUGGUUUCUAUUACCAGCAGGCAGCAUACUAUGCCCAGGAGCGGAAGCAGCUUGCAAAAACCCUCUGUAGCCAUGAAGCUUCUGUAACAUACCCCAAUCCUGAUCCAUUAGAAACACAAACAGGCGUUCUUGACUUUUAUGGACAAAGAUCAUGGCGACAAGGAAUACUAAGUUUUGAUCUUUCUGAUCCUGAAAAAGAGAAGGUGGGAAUUCUUGCCAUUCAGCUGAAGGAGAGAAGUGUUGUUCACUCUGAAAUAAUAAUAACUCUUCUGAGCAAUGCUGUUGCACAAUUUAAGAAGUAUAAAUGUCCAAGAAUGAAAAGUCAUCUAAUGGUUCAAAUGGGAGAGGAGUAUUAUUAUGCAAAGGAUUAUACCAAAGCUUUGAAGUUGCUGGAUUACGUGAUGUGUGAUUAUCGGAGUGAAGGAUGGUGGACCCUGCUCACGUCCAUAUUGACUACAGCUCUGAAGUGCUCUUACCUCAUGGCCCAAUUAAAAGAUUACAUUACUUACUCCCUAGAACUCCUUGGAAGAGCUUCAACUCUGAAAGAUGACCAGAAAUCUCGGAUCGAAAAGAACCUCAUAAACGUUCUGAUGCUGAAGGAACUGUACUCUGUGUUGGUGCAGAAUGAGAGUCCUGAUCCGGAACCCGACUGUGAUGUCUUAGCCGUGAAAACAGCUCAGAAGCUGUGGUCGGACCGAGUCUCCCUGGCCGGCAGCAAUGUCUUCACGAUAGGGGUGCAGGACUUCGUGCCAUUCGUACAAUGCAAAGCCAAGUUUCACGCCCCGAGUUUUCAUGUUGAUGUUCCUGUGCGGUUUGAUAUCUAUCUGAAGGCUGACUGUCCACAUCCCAUUCGGUUUUCCAAGCUCUGUGUCAGCUUUAAUAAUCAGGAGUAUAACCAGUUCUGUGUAAUCGAAGAAGCAACCAAAGCAAGUGAAGUUUUAGAAAAUUUGACUCAGGGAAAGAUGUGCUUAGUUCCUGGUAAAACAAGGAAGUUUUUAUUUAAAUUUGUUGCAAAAACUGAAGACGUGGGAAAGAAAAUUGAGAUUACUUCAGUAGAUCUGGUUCUGGGCCACGAGACGGGAAGAUGUGUGGUUUUAAAUUGGCAAGGAGGAGGAGGGGACGCCGCUUCCUCCCAAGAAGCCUUGCAGGCCUCGCGUUCUUUCAAAAGACGGCCUAAGCUCCCUGACAGUGAACUUCACUGGGACAGCAUAGUCAUUCAGGCAAGCACGAUGAUCAUCUCCAGAGUUCCAAACAUUUCUGUGCAUCUGCGACAUGACCCUCCUGCCCUGACCAAUGAAAUGUAUUGUUUGGUUGUGACCGUUGAGUCCCACGAGAAGACCCGAAUCAGAGACGUGAAGCUCACCGCUGGUUUAAAACCCGGACAGGAUGCCAAUUUAACUCAGAAAACGCACGUGUCUCUUCAUGGAACAGAACUGUGUGAUGAGUCCUACCCGGCUUUACUCACUGACAUUCCUGUGGGAGACUUACAUCCGGGGGAACAGCUGGAAAAAAUGUUAUACGUUCGCUGUGGAACAGUGGGUUCAAGAAUGUUUCUCGUGUAUGUUUCUUACCUGAUCAAUACAACUAUUGAAGACAAAGAAAUUGUUUGCAAGUGUCACAAGGAUGAAACUGUAACUAUAGAAACUGUCUUUCCAUUUGAUGUUGCGGUUAAAUUUGUCUCUACAAAGUUUGAACACCUGGAAAGGGUCUAUGCAGACAUCCCCUUUCUAUUGAUGACCGACCUUUUAAGUGCCUCACCUUGGGCCCUCACUAUUGUAUCCAGUGAGCUCCAGCUUGCUCCUUCUAUGGCUCCUGUGGAUCAGCUAGAGUCCCAAGUGGACAAAGUUGUUUUACAGACUGGAGAGAGUGCUAGUGAAUGCUUUUGUCUUCGGUGCCCAUCUGUUGGAAAUGUUGAAGGUGGAGUAGCAACUGGGCAUUAUAUUAUCUCCUGGAAGAGGACCUCAGCCGUGGGGAAUGUCCCUGUCAUCAGUACUGCCAUCACUCUGCCACACGUGAUCGUAGAAAACAUUCCUCUCCACGUGAACGCAGAUCUGCCAUCAUUUGGGCGUGUCAGAGAAUCCUUACCUGUCAAGUAUCACCUACAGAACAAGACUAACUUAGUUCAAGAUGUAGAGAUUUCUGUGGAGCCCAGUGAUGCCUUCAUGUUCUCAGGUCUUAAACAGAUUCGAUUACGGAUCCUCCCUGGCACCGAACAGGAAAUGUUAUAUAAUUUCUACCCUCUGAUGGCUGGAUACCAGCAACUGCCGUCUCUCAACGUCAACCUGCUUAGAUUUCCUCACUUCACAAAUCAACUGCUCAGGCGUUUUAUACCUACCAGUAUUUUUGUAAAGCCACAGGGCCGGCUCGCGGAUGAUACCUCUAUUGCUGCCGCGUGAAGUUCAAGACUGGCCCUCGGCUGUUCUUACAGAGAAGGUGGACGGAGCUGUAGAAGCUUUUCAUUGUGAACUGUAGCUUUGAUCAUGGUAAAAGUUAAUCUUUUCUAUUUUUUAAUGGAUGUUAUACCAACUCUUCAGAGGAACUCAUGCUUAAAAUAUUAGGAAAAUCUAUCCUCUCUUGUAGUUUCACUAAUAAAUAUUUGAAAUCGCUCAGUGUGACAUGGUAGGAUGUCUGACCAUUGUUAUUGUUGGAAGUCGUUUUAUGAAUAGUAGGUUCUUAAAGUAAGUGAUUCGCAUGUGCAGUAUCAGAGGAAAAGGGAGCCUCCCAAACAGGACUGGCCAUGGGGAGGAAAGUGCACCUAAGCUGCCCCAGGGAAGUUCCGGAUCCCAGUGCGUCGCUUUCAAAGUUGGCUGAACCGGAGAUCAGCCCAUCCUCGUACAUUGAAUUGAGUGCUCAGAAUCCAUGCAUCCCGACUCGUAAGCAGUUGUGUGACUGAUCCAGAAGAUUUCCAGAAAGUUUUAAUCAAAGCAAUUUAAUGUGUCUAAAAAAAUCUCUGCUUAGUGUCAAAACAUGUGAAAGAGGUGCCGUUUGCAGCCAAAACGUGGAUCAUUUAUGAAGCAGGUUUGUAUUUGUAAGUGUGUUGACAGAUCUUCGUCUCUAAGAAUCCAAGCUACAGGGAGGUGAUUAUAAGCUUAAUUUCUUAAACUAAAAGUUUUGGGAAAGGAUGCAAGUUCUAAAUGAGAGCUUUUAGUUAUAUUGUGCUGUUUCAAAAGGACUAUUUAAAACUCUUGGAAAUUCAUGUAAAUAAAAAUCAUAUUGUGACCAUUUUCUUCUGUUAAAAUAUCUUAAUUUAAAGCUUACCGGAUUUCAUGGAAAAUUUUAUUAUUUAAAAGUGUAGGAGUUGUAAAAAGGAAAUAGUGAUGUAAAUAAAUACGUUCUCUUUCAAGGA